GCGAGAAAGGGGCGUGAACGAGCGCCAGAGCGGUCAUUCUCCGAUGUGCAAACCCAAAUAAACAAGAAUCACAAUUUCUCGGGACACUUUUGUUCACAUUUGGCAUUUCGUGACAAUUUUAACUUUUUUUUUAAAUACUGGGAUUUGUGGAGCGGAGAAUGGCAGCUGAAGUGAAUGGCAGUUCUGCUCCAGUUAAGGAGGAAGACGAACCAAUGGACAUAACUGUAACACACACAGAGAACUACCAGACACUCAUAGACGCAGGCCUUCCACAGAAAGUGGCGGAGAGCCUGGAUAAGAUAUUUCAGACUGGACUGGUGGCUUACGCUGACCUGGACGAGAGAGCCAUCGACGCCCUGAGGGAGUUCAAUGAGGAGGGAGCCCUGUCAGUGUUACAGCAGUUCAGGGAGAGUGACCUGUCACAUGUGCAGAACAAAAGUGCAUUUCUCUGUGGUGUGAUGAAGACAUACCGACAGCGAGAAAAGCAAGGAAGUAAAGUUCAAGAAUCCACAAAGGGUCCAGAUGAGACGAAGAUAAAGGCUCUUCUGGAAAGAACAGGUUACACUUUGGACGUCACCACAGGACAGAGGAAGUAUGGGGGGCCUCCACCUGACGAGGUGUACUCAGGGGCCCAGCCUGGAAUCGGAACAGAGGUAUUUGUUGGCAAGAUCCCCAGAGACUUGUAUGAGGAUGAGCUGGUGCCUCUGUUUGAGAAAGCCGGGCCCAUUUGGGACCUGCGUCUAAUGAUGGACCCCCUCCUUUCGGGUCAGAACAGAGGAUAUGCCUUCAUCACCUUCUGCAAUAAAGAUGCUGCCCUAGAGGCCGUCAAGCUUUGUGAUAAUUAUGAAAUCCGGUCUGGCAAAUACCUGGGUGUCUGCAUCUCUGUCGCAAACAAUCGGCUGUUUGUUGGGUCAAUUCCAAAGAACAAGACAAGAGAAAGCAUAUUGGAAGAUUUCAGCAAAGUCACAGAGGGCCUCGUGGAGGUGAUACUCUACCACCAGCCAGAUGAUAAAAAGAAGAACCGUGGCUUCUGCUUCUUAGAAUACGAGGACCACAAAACUGCGGCCCAGGCCCGUCGCCGCCUCAUGAGUGGCAAGGUGAAGGUGUGGGGGAACCCUGUUACUGUUGAGUGGGCAGAUCCAGUAGACGAACCGGACCCAGAGAUUAUGGCAAAGGUAAAGGUGCUGUUUGUGAGGAACCUGGCCACACCGGUCACAGAGGAGCUCCUAGAGAAAACAUUCUCCCAGUUUGGGAAGUUGGAGCGGGUCAAGAAGCUGAAAGACUAUGCCUUUGUGCACUUUGAGGACAGAGAUGCUGCGGUGAAGGCAAUGCAACAAAUGAAUGGCAAAGAAUUGGAAGGCGAGGAGAUAGAGAUUGUUCUGGCAAAGCCUCCGGACAGGAAGAGGAAAGAGCGGCAGGCCCAGAGACAGCCAACUAGGACCACAGGAUAUGAUGAUUACUACUAUUAUCCUGCUCCACGCAUGCCGCCUCCCAUGCGAGGCAGGGGCCGAGGUGGGAGAGGUGGCUAUGCCUACCCUCCAGACUACUACGGUUACGAGGACUACUACGAUGAUUACUACGGGGGUGGUUACGACUACCAUGACUACCGAGGUGGCUACGACGACCCUUACUACGGGGGAUACGAUGAUGUCUACGUGCCGAGAGGAAGGGGGGGCAGGGUGAGUCGAGGUGCCCCCCCUCCCCCUAGAGGCCGAGGAGCACCACCCCCUCGUGGCAGAGGUGGCUACGUCCAAAGGGGGGCUCCUAUGGGUGUACCGAGGGGAAGCCGUGGGAGCCGGGGAGGUCCACCCCAGCAGAGGGGCCGCGGCAUCAGAGGGGCCAGGGGAAACCGCGGGGACAACUUGGGCGGGAAGAGGAAGGCUGACGGUUACAACCAACCGGACUCCAAGCGCCGGCAGACCAACAACCAGAACUGGGGCUCCCAACCCAUUGCCCAGCAACCCCUGCAACAAGGUGGCGACUACUCUGGUGAAGACGCGAGAACGGCAGCGGGUUGAGUGAGUGAGGAACACAUCUAUUCUCUGCUGUGUUCUUCCCCAAAGAAGGGAUGCGUGUCCGAGGUGGCCCCGACCCAGUCUUGUCACGAUGUGGACUUGCUAGGUGGGGCUCCCAGACAGAGGCAGCUGUAAGGACUACGGGGUAAGUUUAGGAUGUUUUCUUCCCAAACCAUUGUUCUCUUUCACUGUCUUUCUCUCCCUCUGUUCAGGUCUCACCAAAUCCCUGUGGGGAUUAAGAUGCGGAAAGAAAAUGUCAGUGUCUGGGUGAGUUUAGGUAGAGAGAAAAGUACUGUAUCCCUCAAUACACAGUUAGAGAAGUUAACUUUGGAGUUGGAAGAAAUGUUGAGUUACUUGGAGAAAGAAUACAGUAUAUGAUUCAGAAUACCAAAAAUAGUAAUUCUGUUCAUUAUCAAAAGCCUUAGUUUACAGAAACUUACUCUAAACACUACUUUUAUCAAAUGUAAUGUGUCGUAAGGAUUAGCAAAAAUAGCUGCCUGUGGCAAUUACCUUUUAGAGGUGAAAACAAGAGCUCUGUCUCCAGUCUAAAGAACGACAGACCACAUUAUAAAUGCUUUGGGUUCGAGCUUGAAGCUGUUAGAGCUUACUCCAAUUGCAUAUCAGCUCCCAGUUUUGGAGUUUUUUCUCCCUGGAAUUACAUUUAUUGCUCUAUGAUUCUCUGGAAUACAAUUCGUUGCUCUAUGAUUCUCUGUAAUACAAUUUGUUGCUCUAUGAUUCUCUGGAAUUCAAUGCGUUGCUCUAUGAUUCUCUGUAAUACAAUUUGUUGCUCUAUGAUUCUCUGGAAUUCAAUUCGUUGCUCUAUGAUUCUCUGGAAUACAAUUUGUUGCUCUAUGAUUCUCUGGAAUUCAAUUUGUUGCUCUAUGAUUCUCUGGAAUUCAAUUCGUUGCUCUAUGAUUCUCUGGAUUUUAAUUCGUUGCUCUAUGAUUCUCUGGAAUUCAAUUUGUUUCGCUAUGAUUCUCUGGAAUUCAAUUCCUUGCUCAGGAUAGACCCAGAUGCAGACAGUUCAAAUCUCAGCUGUUUAUUACAAAAUGGGGCAGGCAAACGGAAGGUCCAGGGCAGGCAGAGGUCAGUAAUCCAAGGCAGCUUCAAUUAGGGACAGAAUGGCAGGCAGGGUCAGGGUCAGGGCAGGCAGAAUGGUCAGAACCAGGAGGACUAGAAAACAGAAACUAGAGAUAUGGGAAAACAUGCUGGUAAGACUUGACAAGAGGAACUGGCAACAGACCAACAGUGGACGCAAAUAUAGGUACAUGGGAUAAUGGGGGAAAAUGGGAUACACUUGAUGGGGGGUGGAGACAAGCACAAGACAGGUGAAACAGAUCAGCGAGUGACAGCUCUAUAAUUCUCUGGAAUUCAAUUUGUUGCUCUAUGUUUUGUAAAAAAAAAUCAAGUCAAUGACCAGUAGCUAAUUGAAUAUUUAUUUAUAUAACUUCACUUUUCCUCUUAUGGAGUUGAGAGAAAAAAAAAUCUGAAUUUUGCUGUCAUAGCAAAUUCAUGGCUCCAUUUAUAUCAUAGUAGCUACAGGCACUAAAAUGUUCCAAAGACCACCCAGUGGGCAAAACUUGGUUGAAUAGACGUCUUCUUCUGGUCAUAAACUGGUUGAAAUGGACGUUGUUUUUUGUACAACUUUUUACCGACCAGAAUAUGAUUUUUUUUAUGACCACCAUACGAGCAGUUGCCGAUAAUUCUUACCAUAAUUGUUAACUCUGACCACUAUAUUAUGUGGUCAUAGUUAAGACCUCAUCAUAACCUGAUAAUGCCCACCUGCUGCAAAAAGUAUUGCAGAAGAUAAAGUUGGAAAUUGAAUACAUUGUUCGUUACCUUUCUAUUUGUUUCCAUAGGCACCAAUGAAAGUUGAAAUCUGCAACAUAUUCUUAACUAGGCAAGUCAGUUAAGAACAAAUUCUUAUUUUCAAUGAUGGCCUACAGUAGGUUAACUACUUUGUUCAGGGGCAGAAAGACAGAGUUUUACCUUGUAACCUCGGGGAUGUGAUCCAGCAACCUUUUGGCUACUGGCUCAAUUCUCUAACCACUAGGCUACCUGCCGCCCCCAUUAGAUCAAGCAAUGGCAAAAACAAAACUACAUCACAAUAUUUUGCACAUCUGCAAACUGUAAUUGUUUCAAGAUUCACCCACAGAUAUUACAUGCAUGGAAAGACUGGGACACAGAGUAUAUAAAGGCCCAUUGCUUUUUGUAUUAAUGAUGAAUGUUAUGAUGGGGUAGAUCCUCGUCAAGGAUCUCUGAGCACAGAAGGCGAACGUGAGCGUAGUGGCCUUCUUCAAGAGUGGUGCAAUGAGUCAGAUCUGCUGUGAAGAGAAUCAGCUUCAUCACGGCAGUCAGGGGUGUAUUUUAGGACUUUCCAGAGGGCCCACAACAAAUCAACCUCCUGAGUUUUCUGGCUUUUCGUGACACUUACUGUAAGCAUAAAAAGAGAAGAAAAUAAAUUACCUAUUGGCAUAAUGUAGACAUGCAAGACACCACAGAACAGUAAUGCACAGUAAAAUGCUGUAUAUUUAACAGUCAGAAUCUACAAAAAAAUGUCUCAUUGUCUAUGUUACAUGUCUCAACUGCUCACAUUUAACUUAGCCACUACACUAGUGUGCACACGAGUGGUAGCAGAGGCAUUUUCUCCUCUGUCCACAUUGAAGACCAGAUUACAGUAGAAAAAAGGCUUCAAAAAGGGUUCUUUGGCUGUCUCCAUUGGAUAACCCUUUUUGUUUCCAGAUAAGGGUUUUACCUAGAACCAAAAGGGUUCUACCUGGAACCAAAAAGGGAUUCUUUAAAGGGUUCUACUUUAGGGUCUACCGAAUAACCAUUUUACGUUCUUUUUUUCUUAGCGUGUAUCAUAGUCGAUGGCUAUAGAUUUAAGGAGGGGUGGUUCUCUCUCCUUUCCUUGGGAUGUGGCAGAAUAGGUCCCUGGUAACUGAGUGGGUGGCUAAGCACUGCAGUAGAGGCCAGGCAUAAGGUCAUUGACAUGUUUCAGGAACUGUAAAGACAUAGAUGAACCAUUAACCAUGAUUAUCCAUUAGAUAAUCAUGGUUAAUGGUCAAAUGGCACUAUUCCUGAAAAAGGUCAUCAGUCUGUGACAUUCACAUUACAUUAUGCCCACGUUGGAGGAUGUUCUUUACAAGCUCCCGAAGGCCAGAGUCUUCACGCUCUUGGACGCCAGAGAUGCCUUUCUGCAGUGCAAGCUCAACGAGCCCAGCAGCUACAUGACCACCUUUUGGACACCCUGGGGCAGGAAGAGGUGGUUGAAGUUCCCGUUUGGUGUCUCCGUGGCUCCAGAGGUGUAUCAGCGGAAACAGCAUGAGCUGUUGAUGGGACUCAGUGGCGUGGAACCCAUAGCAGAUGAUAUCCUCGUAGUGAGCUAUGAGGACAGUGAUGAGGAGGCAGAAUGUGACCAUGACGCCAAGCUGCUGGCCCUGAUGGACAGAUGCAGACAGGUCAAGCUAAGGCUAAGCAUAAAAAAGCUUCAGUUUAAAGUGCCAGAGUUCCGUUUUCAUGGGCACAUCUUGUCCUCCACCGGAUUGAAGGUGGAUCCUGAGAAAGUGAAGGCUGUCUUGGAAAUGCCCCAAAUUCAUCAACGUGCCACACACCACUUUGCAAUGAGCUGGAGGCAGUAUGCAUUAUGAAAACAUAUACUUAAUUGUUUGGAACCUGAAGGUUUUAUUACAUAUUACAAGGCAAGCAGGAGGGCCAGCCUGUGGCAAUCGCCCCUAGGGCACUCACUCCAACAGAGCUGAACUAUGCCCAGAUAGAGAAGGAGUGCCUCAGCAUUGUGUUUGCAUGCCAACGCUUCCACCACUACCGGUACGGGAGCAACAACAUUACCACGGUGACAGAUCACAAGCCCCUUAUUGCUAUAUUCAGCAAGCCUCUCCUGAAUGCCCUGAAAUGACUGCAGAGCAUGCUACUGGCCCUACAAAACUACAACCUCAAGCAGAGACAACAGCAGAGACAACGAUCAAACGCUGCAAGGCUCAGCUUGCCAGUUAUAGUCAUCCAGAUAGGGUAAUUUCAGAUAAUGGACCCCAAUUCUCUGAAUUUGAGUUCUGAAAAUUUGCUGCAGAAUGGGAAUUCGAGCACGUCACCUCAUCACCACGACACCCAAAACCUAAUGGGAAGGCGGAGUCGGCAGUCAAAAUCGCAAAAAACCUCUGCAAAAAGGCUCUGCGAGAGGGCAAAGAUGCCUGGAAAGCAAUCCUGCAUUGGCGCAAUACCCCGACAGAAUGCAUGGAUAGCAGCCCGGCACAGCGCCUCAUGACACGGCGCUUAAAGCAGCUCUGCCAGUAGCCAGCACUCUCUUGGAGCCAUGUGUGGUGACAGAUGUGCUGUUGAAGCUACUUCACAGGGUAGCCUAGUGGUUAGAGUGUUGGACUAGUAGCCGAAAGGUUGCCAGUUCGAAUCCCCGAUCUGACUAGGUAAAAAUCUGUUUUUCUGCCCCUGAACAGGCAGUUAACCUGUUCCUAGGCCAUCAUUGAAAUUAAGAAUUUGUUCUUUAACUGACUUGCCUAGUAAAAUAAAAAUAAUCAGAAGACAGGUCUCCAAGUUCAUCUAUAACAAAUCAGCAAAAGACUUACCUGAGCUCAGGGUGGGUGAAACAGGGACCGGAUGGGCCUCUGGAGACCCGGAUCCUGUGUACAGAAAGUGGCACCACGCUCCUACUUGCUCAAAGUGACUGGAUCCCUGUAUCAUCGUAACUGGGUUGACCUUCGGAUUGCUGAGCCUGCACCUACUCAGAACCCUGAUGGUCAUAGGGGUCGGGUCGCAUGACAAAAGACGGAACCCCAGCAAGUCACAUGGGGCCUGAGGUACUGGGCAAAGAGCCAGGUGAUCACAGGUCGGCCGCUCCCUCGCCCAUCAAUGCUCCCCUUAAGACAGUCAGGUGACACGCCUGUGCGGGAACCCGCAGACAAGCCUCCUGCCUUUUCACGCUACGGGUGUCCACCAAAAAUACUUGAUCUGUAUUCUGUUCAUGUUGGAAAUUAUUACUAGGUUUGUUUUGUUAAGGAGUUGACAGCUCCUGUCCUAUUUUAUAACUGGGAAGUUGGUAUGGGUGUAAAAUGGCACGGUGAUGCCAUCUGUUGGUAAAUGUUAAUUACUUCAACUCCAGUGUUUUUACCGGUGUGCUUGAGAUAUCCGGAUCUAUUGCAAUGUACUGAACAAGACUGGUUACUCGCAUCAAUGCGGAGACCAGAGUAAUAUGAUUCUACCGGAAUCGGGAAGUGCUCGGCCCGCAUGGAGCUCCUUGAGUCCGAGUCCAUCCCUAAUCCCCUGAGUGUCAAACGGAAUAGGCCCGAGCCCAGUGUGUUGACUGGGUACACUAUGCCAUGAGACGCUAACCCAAUUUGGUGCACUCUGACAGCUAUUGUUUGCCAACUGUGUUAAGCCGAGUCAUGCAAAACCUGCUGAAAAAUAAGAUUUGAAUAAUUGUAAAGGUUCUAGUGUCUUAUAUCCAAUGGGUGCAGAGCAGAGUUUCCUUUAAGAAAAUGUGGCACUGGACAUUUGACCGACAACAUUUGAAUUUACCGGACCAAGAUGCAUUGGGUGCGUAACCUGAUUAGGGCAUCCACCCACGGUUCUCCAAAAUCAUAUUUCAAUUAUGGUAAUUAAUAUCAACAGAACAGAACAACAGAAAAAUUGACCUAUUUUAUUGGUCAGUUUGUUGAGAAAGAAAUAGCCAAUUCCAAACAGACUCUAGGACAGUUGUGAGACGGUAGUUCCCAAAUUCAUACAACCAGUAGGUCUAAGCAAAAAAUAAAUAACAAAACGUUAAAAUUUAGCUUAAAAUGUUGAUUAACUAUUAUUUAUUCACAUUAUAAGCACAGCAAUGCGCACAAGGCAGUAGGCUACGCACAAAUGUUCAUUCCAUAAUGCAAUUUAAUGGAAAACAACAUUGUCAAAGUGCACCACACAUGCGAGCAGUUUCAUGUGACAGGGAUGAAAAUAUCUGUUAAAAAUUUAGAAAGCAGGGAGAUCUAAUAUGCAACAACUAGCAUGGGGUGACAAUAUGAUUAGAUUGUGCCUUUGACCACCGGACAAUUAAAUAAAGUUGAUAUAAAAUAAUUGCCUUCACAGAUAUGGUCAGAUUUUGUCUUGGCCACUUAGAAGCAAGGUAAGACAUGCCUCAUAAUAUGUAGGAAAACGUUCAGGUUCCAAACAAUGAAGUAUAUGUUUUCAUAAUGCAUACUGCCUCCAGCUCAUUGCAGAGUGGUGUGUGACACGUUGAUGAAGUCGGCCUUCAGUGUGCAUUUUCUGUUUGAGACGCUGAAGCAGCAACUCUCGCGCUGUCUGACAGAUUUUCCGUUCGAAGGCUCUGUAUCUGUAUGCUUUACUCAUGUGAUAAAUAAGAUACAUAACGAAUAUACUGUACACACGCGCCAAUUUAAUUAGCAAAACAUAUGCUAAUUAACUUAUAGACUGAUAAGCAUAGCCUGUCCAAUGUAUUUCUGUCGACUGGUAUUCCCAUCAAUGAAUUGGCUAAAAAGCAUUCUUUUGCAAUGGAAUGUUUUCUUCUUCGGUGGUAUAUCUUUAUCAGGUCUUCGGCCCACUGCGUUUUUUGCCACGUUUAUACUAUUACAGUCACCUUAAUGCAUAUGCUCUUAAAUUAUAUUUUGUGAGCUAAACAUAUAUAUAUGUCACUGGCCAAUACAUAGCAUCAACAAUCUAGGGUUUAUAUACAUCAUUUGUUACAACCCCCCUAAACCUGGGCAAGAUCCAGACUAAAAUAUGCAACAAAAAUAAUAUUUUGAUGAAGGCAAAUAUCGUAUUCAUUAGUCUACUAUUUUGUUUCAUGUUUAACAGAAGCCUGCCCAUCAUAUCAAGAUUAAGCUCACAAAUCAAACACAGAGGAUGUAAUAGUUAAAAGGGAAAGAAUUUGAGCUUUCUAGUGCUUAUCUGUAUACCAAUACCAAUAUUAAGUUAAUUACACCCUGUUAAAAGGGAGUAAACGGUGAAUAGUUGUAGGCCUAUUGAUGAGAAAGUCACACCUGUUUCGGUAGCAUGACUCGUGGCUCAACUCAAAUGGCAUUUGCAGUCCUUCAUUCAGCAAAUUCGGUAGGCUACCUUGCAACUCAAGUAGGCUUAAGUGUUUUUCCGUUAAGACGAGAAGGCAGGCUUAAACAUUUCAAUUAGUUGUCCGGUGUGCUACUGGCUCGAGUAUGCUAGCUAGCUGUGGCUACAGUUGAAUUAAUUUGUCGUGAGAAAAAGGCUUGUGGAAAAAUUAACUCCCUUGCAUAGUUUUACCAUUUUUUACCACGGCUAUACAUGCAUGGCACUUGUGCAUGAAGAUCAGAUUAUUAUGUUUGAGACAUUAUCAGCUUUAAUUACUUAAAUUUAAUUUCCAUUAUGACUUGCAUGGUUUGCAUGAAUCCAAUUGCAUUAAUUAAAGCUUUUUAAAUGUAGAUUAGGAAUGUAGGUCAGAACUGCUGGAAGCAGAUCCAGAACAGGAACAGAAGCUUUUAAAUCCAGUUUUAGACCACAUAGACAGACUGGUGCACAUUGUAUCCUGGAUAAUGCCAUGUUCAAUUAAUCUCAAAUCAAAGUUUUUUGGUUGAGUACACAGAUUUGCAGAUGUUAUCGCAGGUGCAGAGAAAUGCUUGUGUUUCUAUCUCCUACAGAGCGGUAAUACCUAGCAAUACAAAAUGUCAGAUGUCAGAGAUCCUAAUAUAAAUACAGAUCUGGGAAAAAUUAAGAGACCACUGCAAAAUUAUCCGUUUCUCUGGAAAAAAAACAAUCCUCAGUGUUGGGGAACAUUGUCAGAGCAGAAGGAAGCUAGAUUUCUUCCAGGACAACCUUGUAUGUGGCUUGACUCAUGCGUCCUUCACAAAGACAAAUCUGUCCGAUUCCAGUCUUGCUGAAGCACCCACAGGUCAUCACCGAUCCUCCACCAAAUUUCAGUGAGUGUGAGAGACUCUGGCUUGUAGGCCUCUCCAGGUCUCGCACUCACUGAAAUUUGGUGGAGGAUCCAACAGGAUAAUGCUCCAUGCCACACAGCCAGGUCAAUCAAGGUGUGGAUGGAGAACACCAGAUCAAGACCCUGUCAUGGCCAGCCCAGUCUCCAGACCUGAACCCCAUGCCAAGAUGCAUGAAAGCUGUGGUUGAAAAUCAGGGUUAUUCCACCAAAUAUUGAUUUCUGAACUCUUCUUAAGUUGAAACAUUAGUAUUGUGUUGUUUAAAAAUGAAUAUGAACUUAUUUUCUUUGCAUUAUUCGAGGUCUGACAACACUGCAUCUUUUUUUGUUAUUUUGACAAGUUGUCAUUUUCUGCAAAUAAAUGACCUAAAUGACAAUAUUUUUAUUUGGAAUUUGGGAGAAAUGCUGUCAGUAGUUUAUAGAAUAAAACAAAAAUGUUCAUAUUACCCAAACACAGACCUAUAAAUAGUAAAACCGGAUAAACUGAUCAUUUUGCAGUGGUCUCUUAAGAACACACACUGUCCUUGUGAGCAUCUGGGGGCCCCGCGUCGGUGGCUCAAUGUUGUUUUCCUCGAAGUGGGCAAGGGAACGCAACGUGGCUGCCUUUUCCUUUAGAAUCCGUGAUUGACUGACUAUUUGUGUCUGACCUGUUGAAUUGCAACCACUUUGUCCCUGUACUGUCGUUUUGCCUCUUUGAUUGCCUUAUGGAGCUCGUAGUUAGUCUUUUUGUACACGUCCAUGUUCCCAGUCACCCUGCCAUGGUUAAAGGUCACAAACAGUCAAAAUCAUGUUUUUCAUGAAGUUUGAUGAUAUUUGGAUGAAACCAGAUCAAAUAAAGUAUGAUGACCAAAGUAUGAAAAAUGACUAUUGCUUCCUCAUUGAUAAAGUUUGAUCAUAAAGUUACUGGUCCCCUCCCCCAUGUCAAACACUUGGAUUCAGUAGGCUGGAUUAUUAAGGGGAUAGGGUGACAUCACCCAAACUCAUUUUAAUACACCAAUAGUGACAUGAUAUUCCCUUACCUAAUUUAAAUAAGUACCGACCUUGUAACCAACAUCAGAGAAGGCGUGUUUGCGGAGGGGCGAGGUUUAUAUAGCUAGGUAGCUACUCUACUGGUGCUGUAGGGCACUGUAGGGUGUCAACAAAUAUAAUUUUAAUUUUACACUAUUCAUCCAUGGCAAAGAUUCUGUAAUUAUAUGUCUCGCCUUUCAUCUGUGUUUGGUGUUAGCUAGUUACUGGCUAGAUAGGUCUUCAGUCAGCAUGGAACAAAAGGGGGAAAGAGUCGUUAAAAACUCUGAUGCUGUUUUCAUAUCAACACAUCCGUCAGUGCUGCUGUGAACUGCAUGACAAGACACAUGCCAAACGAUUAUGGGUGAUAUUUUAGUCAGUCAAAAGGAUUAUUUUACAUGACUGUUCGGAACCUUUAAAUGUGGCGGUUCGCACUUUCAGUUUUGGGUGAAUGCUGCCAUCUAUCCACAGUUUUUGGUUUGGAUAAGUUCUAAUUGUCACAGUGAGAGCUACAUUCUCUACAUUCUGAUGAACCCCGUCACUGAGUCUGUAUACGUCGAUACUAUUCUCAAGAGGCGACCCGGAACAUUUCCCAGUCCACGUGAUCGAAACAAUUUUGAAGCAUAGAUUCCGAUUGUUCAGACCAACGUUGAACAGUCCUUACCACGGGUGCUUCCUUUUUACGUUUCUGCCUACAGGUGGGGGGAGCAGAAUGGAGGUGUGAUCUGAUUUUCCGAAGGGAGGGUGGGGGAGGGGGUCUUUCCCACAAUUCUCGCCAAACUCGAAUUUCCUUCAUGAAAAUGUUGAACAGAUUUAGCAGUACCCACAAAGUCCAGUUUGAGAGGAGACUGAUUUUUAUUCAAGUCGGAGAGAAAGCCAUAAGUCAUUCAUCAAUAAAAAUGUAAAAUUAA